GAGGGAGCCAGCGAGUCCGUUGUUUCCGGUGGUGGGUGCCCGUAUGUGAAGCGCCCUGACCACCGCCAGCCGCCCUCCCCCCGUUCCACACACACACACCUCCUCACCCCCCGCCUCAAAACCCCCGCCACUGGCCGCGGCGGAAAUGGUGGAUGGAGCGAGCGAGCGGCCGCACACCAUACAGCAGCACCCGACGAGAACGUUAGUGGCGGGCCGCCGACUCCGGCUCCCGACACAUUCCCCGGCGGCGGCGGCGGCGGCAGGUCGCGGACUCUCUACAUGGCGGCCCAGCAGCUGCGCGGCACCGAGGUUUACUGCGACGCCAGCGGGGACUGCAACCAUGUCGCUGUCAAGAUCGGGAGGCAGCGGGAGGUACAGCAGCAUGCGGCGGCGGCGGACGCCCCCGCCCCUCAGCAUCAAGGCCCCGGGCCCACCAAGUAUAGCAUUUCGUCCAGCUGCAGUUCGGGCGAGUCGGUGAGGCGGGCGGCCCGCAGCCCCCGCCGCCGCCGCAAGUUCCCGCAGCUCUUCGAGCGGGCGUCGGGCAAGUGGUGGGACCCCGCCUUCGACUCCCGCAAGCUGGAGGACGCGUGUCUGGAGCGCUGCUUCCCGCAGACCCAGCGCCGCUUCAGGUACGCGCUGCUCUACCUCAUGGUGGCCGCGCUGCUCUGGGCCAUCUACUUCGGCUGCGUGGUGAAGGAGUCGGCCCGCGGCCUGGCCGCCGCUUUCCUAGCCCCCACCCUGCUCUUCAUGUCGUGCUGCGCCGGUUUGCUGGCGGUCACCUUCAGCGGCCUGUACUCCCGUCACUAUGUCCGCAUCUCGCUGCUCUUCACACUACUGGUCUUCGCCCUGUCGCUGGCCACCCGCUUCCAAGGCGGAGGCUUGGAGGGCAGCGGCUGUGGCUGGAACGAGAGCCGGACGCCGGCUCCCUGCUGGACGCACCUGUCGCCGGUGGGGAGUUUCUCGAUAUCGGUGGAGGUGUUACUGCUGCUUUACACCGUCAUGCCACUGCCCCUAUACCUCUGUUUUCUCUUCGGCGUCUCCUACUCGCUGCUCUUCGAACUGUUGGGUUAUUACCUAAGCAGCGCCGAGUGGUGGCGGGGCCCGGGCUCCCAACCCCUGGUGUUCGAGGCCUUGGCUAAAUUCUUCCUACACGCCUGUGUGCACGCCGUGGGCAUCCACCUGUUCACCAUGUCGCAGGUGCGCUCUCGCACCACCUUCCUCAAGGUGGGCCAGUCCAUCAUGCACGGCAAGGAUCUGGAGGUGGAGAAAGCCUUGAAGGAGCGCAUGAUCCACUCGGUGAUGCCCAGGAUGGUGGCCGACGAGCUGAUGAAGCAAGGUGACGACGAGAGCGAGAACUCCUUCAAACGCUACUCGACAUCCAGCCCCAAGAGCAAAAAGAAGAAGACCUCAAUCCAAAGGGCGCACCUCAUCUUCAGACCCUUCACCAUGCAGAGAAUGGAACCAGUCAGUAUACUCUUCGCCGACAUUGUGGGCUUCACCAAGAUGAGCGCCAAUAAGUCGGCCCACCUGCUUGUCGGCCUUCUCAAUGACCUCUUCGGACGCUUCGACCGCCUCUGCGAAGGCACGGGAUGCGAGAAGAUUAGCACCCUGGGGGACUGCUACUACUGCGUUGCCGGCUGCCCAGAGCCCCGCACCGACCACGCGUACUAUUGCAUUGAGAUGGGAUUGGGGAUGAUUCAGGCCAUCGAACAAUUUUGCCAAGAGAAAAAAGAGAUGGUCAACAUGAGAGUCGGGGUGCACACUGGCACCGUUCUCUGUGGCAUUUUGGGAAUGAAACGUUUUAAGUUCGACGUUUGGUCCAACGACGUGAACUUGGCCAACUUGAUGGAACAACUUGGUGUAGCCGGAAAGGUCCACCUUUCUGAGGUCACUGCUAAGUACUUGGAUGAACGUUAUCAGAAAGAGGAUGGAAAAGUGAUGGAAAGGGUUGGCACACAAAGUGUGGUUGCGGACCAGUUGAAAGGAUUGCAAACGUUCCUUAUUUCUGGAAGAAAGUCGCCUCAUUCUGUGUGUACCUGCUCCCAGGCACCAGUUCCUCACCUUGCCAUGGGAGACCCCAGCUCCCCCACAGUUCCCAGUCAACACCAAGAAAUAAUAAGUGAAGCUGCCACUGAAGGAUCACAGCCUAGCAGCAUGAUGAGCAAAGCUAAGUCCACGUGUCCCACCUGUAGUGUCAUGCUGGUCUCUGGAUCUGAUGCCAGCACGGAAGAAAACACAGUGCAGAAUGGUUGUCAAGAUGAACUGAAAAACGCUAAGGCACCAUCAGCAGGACGAGGUCUAAAGGCCCAAAAUGGUCUGCUAAGUCCUCCGGAAGAAGAGAAGCUGAACAACAGCCAGACAUCACUGUUUGAGAUGUUGCAAAGUGACAGGCAGUUGGAUGGACUACUUCCACUACGGUUCAAACAAAUCCGGGAAAAAACAGAUGCCCAGUUUGUCAGUGUCAUUAAAGAAGAUAGACUAAUGGAUGAAUACUUCUCCAAACCUCCCAUUAACAAAUUCAGCUUGAAUUUCUUGGAUUCAAGCCUGGAAAAGGCCUAUAGAGGCAGCUAUCAAGAUGAGGUUGUGAACAAUGCAUCAGAGAAGACGUUUGCCAGUGCCACUUUCAGUUCACUCCUUGAUGUCAUUCUCUCCACCAUAGUCUUCCUCUUUCUCUCCAUCACAUGUUUCAUGAAGCAGGGACUAUGUACAUCACCUCCGCAUGCCUCUGUUGUGGUUUUUGUCCUUGCGAUCCUGCUUCAAGUGCUUUCCUUGGUUAUCUCCAUCAGAAUGGCGUUCUACCUGGAUGAGGUGAUGCCAUGCACCAAAAGACUGAUGAGGGCAAUCUCAGGCUGGCUGCCUCGUCAUUUUGUUGGAGCCAUUCUCAUCUCUCUCCCUGCUGUUGCUGUGUUUUCCCAUUUCACUUGUGAAUUUAAAAGUAAUGUAAAUGUGACCAUGUUUUUCUGUUGUGCAAUGAUCAUCACUUUCAUUCACUACUGUAACUUUUGUCAGCUGAGCUCCUGGAUGAGGUUUUCUUUGGCCACCAUUGUUGGUGUGUUGCUUCUCAUUCUGCUCUACGUCACACUCUGUCCUUCAAUCCUACCCGAAACCCAGUUUGAAUCUCUAGAAACAUUUGGAGAGAUUGGCUGCAAUAUUUCAACGUCUGGAUGGAAUUCAAAAAAUCUAGAACUGUUGAGACAGGAAGUGAUUCUGGAUAUCGUCCUAUUGCUUCUGCUGGUCUGGUUCCUGAACCGGGAAUUCGAGGUCAGUUACCGUCUCAAUUACCACGGUAAUGUGGAGGCAGAGCUUCAUCGCCACAAGAUACAGAGCAUGAAAGACCAAGCCGACUGGCUGCUCCAUAACAUCAUCCCUGCCCAUGUGGCUGAUCAACUCAAGGUCACCCCCCAUUACUCUAAAAACCACGAGGAUGUUGGGGUUAUUUUCGCCAGCAUUGUUAAUUUCAGUGAGUUUUAUGAAGAGAACUAUGAAGGGGGUAAGGAAUGCUACCGGGUGUUGAAUGAAUUGAUUGGUGAUUUUGAUGAGUUACUGGGAAAGCCUCAGUACAACAGCAACAUUGAAAAAAUUAAAACCAUUGGAGCUACCUACAUGGCGGCAUCAGGACUGAAUCCAUCACAGCGUCGUGACAGCAACCAUCCACACAGUCACUUGCAGACCCUUUUUGAGUUUGCCAAAGAAAUGAUGAGGGUCGUGGAUGAGUUCAAUAAGGACAUGCUGUGGUUCAACUUCAAACUGAGGAUUGGUUUCAACCACGGACCCCUCACUGCAGGAGUGAUCGGCACUACGAAGCUACUGUACGACAUAUGGGGCGACACAGUGAAUAUUGCUAGUAGGAUGGACACUACAGGAGUGGAGUGUAGGAUCCAGGUGAGUGAGGAGAGCUAUCGAAUAUUGAGUGAAAUGGGCUAUGACUUUGAUUAUCGGGGGACAGUGAACGUCAAGGGCAAAGGUCAGAUGAAAACAUACUUGUACCCCAAAAGCAUAAACAGUGGGAUCAUCCCAUCACAUCAGCAUUCUGUGUCGCCGGACAUACGAGUGCAAGUGGACGGAAGUAUUGGGCGCUCUCCCACCGAUGAGCUUGGUGGCCCUGUGUCUUCUCUGCCAGUCUCGGACAGACCUGCUCACUGCUCAGACAGCACUGAGGAUAAAGACCUGCCCUGUGCUCGACAGAAGGUAAAGAGAAAGCAGGUUGAAGGGGCAGGCAGCGUAGUGGGUGAGCAGGAUCCAGAGGAAGUGGAUGAACUGACAAAGCUACAAAUCUCUAGCUGUCUAUGAUGCAUCUUUUCAUAUCAAAUCAGCCUCAUCGGUAGGACCCAGUUCACGUUGGUAGUGUGUGCGUGAAAUGAUUAUUCCUGGUUUUUAAUAUUUUCAUUUUAUAUCCUGGUUUCUGUGUGGAUCACAGAGAUGCAGGUGGCAGCUCCAUUGCUAAUGUCUAUGCUGUUUAUGGAUAUCAAGUGCCUUUGGAAAAAAACUGAGGCCUAUACUUCAGGUAAAAUGGAAGGAGGUUGCAGAAAGCCUGACCUGGAAUCCUGCGUAGAGCUCUGGUUAUAACCUGCUCACACAUCAGCCCCCUCGCCCACCCAAAUGUAACAGUUGGUUUAUUAAUUUGUCAUGUUUAAUCAGAGCCUAUGGGAAAUUCUAAUGAUGAAUUAUUGAAUGCCAGCAGUGCACCAAGAGAUUGGGGUAGGAAGAAUCUGGUUCUGUGAGGCAUUAACAAUAAAUAAGCAUUCUUGCUGGUAUUCCAAAGGGUCUAAAAUUAAUUACCUAUUUCAAACUUCAGUACGGAGCAUCCACCUUACCUUUACCAUAAUCUCUCUGACUGUGAACUGGUUUUCUGAUACUCACCCUUGUUGGGUCACAGGGUAGUGCUCAAAACCUGAAGCCUUAAAUCCAGGGUUCUUCAGAUCUGUGUGAAAGUAUGGUAGAUUAUGUUGACAUUUAAUUUAGAUGCUUUUUCUCAUAGUUGCCACCAAAAAAAUGUUCUCAUUAAAACUCCCCAAGUGUCUGUUCCAUUUGGAGUUGAAAAGGGUUGUAAGUGUUGACCUGGGGCAGGACCAGUAGCUAAACCAGUGAGGAGUUAGUUCCUAGGCAUCUUUGGUCAUGGGCCCAUCUGAGGGGUUACUGUUCUUCACCUGUCAAGCAGACUGCUGCAGUAACUGGCAUCUUCCAGUGCUUGGAUAAGAUCCCUGACCUACCAAGCCUGGUAUUGUGAAACAUUCCCAAAACUAGUGGAGUUGUCUGUCCUAAAAAAAAACAAUGUUCAAAACAUGCAGGAAGUCCAGCAGCACCUGAGGAAGAGGAAUGGAAGUAAUGUUUCAGCUUAAAGGCCCUUCAAGGUUAACUCCAUUUCUUUUUUCGUAGUUGCUACCUGAUCUGAGCGUUUCCUGCAAUUUGUUUUUAUUUCAGAUUUCCAGGAUCUGCAGUUUUUUUUUUGAUUGAAGCUGUCUGUCAUUCCUGUUCACGUAUGAGAAGCUAGUUGCUGGGAGAUUGAGGAUGGAAAUGAGUAAAAAUGUUAGGUCAAUUCAUGGAGGGUGAAUAUGGCAUUUAAUUCAUGUUAUGAAAGGAUAUAGUAAAGCUACUGUCGUUGCAUAUGUUGGAUGGGACUAUGCAAAUAUUGAUGAUACCUCCCUUGUCCUUCCAAAUAAAAGUCUAGUACUGAAGCCAGGAUUUAUGCCAGAUCACAAUAGAGUAGACACAUUGGUUAGGUUCAAUCUCUCUCCCAACUAUUUUUCACUGCCAGCACUUCCUCUCUUAUUCCCCUCCACAAAUUUUGAUGUGUAUUUAUUUGAAUUAGUGAUAGUUUUGUUCUCAUGUUUUGAAACCCAUCAAUAUAAAAUAGGUUUUUGUGAUAUAGUAUUGGAGAAUGUAAGCCCCUUGUAAUGGUGUGUUCGAGGCCCUCACAUCAUUGAGAUUCCUGAUUAAGAGCUGAUCACACAUUCCCAUGUUUUAAAAAAAAAUUUAUCAUUUAAUUUGGUGUGUCCCAAUAAAUAAUAUUGGAUUCCUUUCUCCCAGUCAGUACUUGGAAGUUCUGUGUGAGCAGUUGGCUAACCAAUCUGACCUUGCUGUCUUCCCUAAUUUGGUUCAAAUGAGUAAAGGUUUAUUUAAGCAAUAUCCAUUUAAAGGUGAUGUGUCAAGCAAUAUAUGCAAUAACAUUAGAUGUUUAAGAAAAAGAAAAUGGUGUUAAAUGACAUUUUUUAAAUGGGUAUUAUGUUGUAAGUCCCCAAAUCAGAUUGGACCCAAAUCAAAUUCUGGAUCAUUUACUACUUGAAUUAGUUGGGUCUUAUUUGGCGUUAGACUGAGUAGGUUUCAAGCAACUACGCAAUGUGAUCAGAAAUCCAGACCCAAGCAAGAAUUAUCCCAGUUUGCUGUUCUUGAGGCAGAAUGUUAUUUGAGGUCACCCUGGUGUUUAAUUAGGAUCAGGAGAAUCAUGUUCUGCAACUGUACAAUCAGGCCACACAUGGGCACAUCUUUCAGUAAGGUUAGAUACUUCAUCAGCAGAAACUUAAAUCAACAAAUGGCUGUAAUCAAAUUAAAACACUGAAGCGAAAGUAUGAGAGAUGAAUUAACAUCUGUUUUCAACAAAUGGAGCCUUUCUAACUCAAGGGUCAAAUGAAAUGUUUUUGAACUUGAUCACCAAGAUGCUUUGGCUCCAUUCAGACAGGCAUCACCUCAAUAUUUCACAACUCAAUUAUCCUAAGCUCCACUAUCAUUCAAGCAACUUUUUUGUACAUAUGAUUCAAUAGACUAUCUUCUUUAAGUGGGUCCUUGAUGACAUUUUGCAUUAAAAUAAAGUUAUAUGAGCAGAUUAAAUGUUCUGAAUUUAUUUGCAUAUUAGAGACUGCCUUAUGAUUUAUUCAGUGCUAUUUGAAACACUGAGCACUGCUACUGAAUCCAAAGUCUUGAGGCUGGAGGAAAGUUCUCAGGCCAGUGAGCCUGAGAAAGGCCCUUUAGUGGGUGGGGUUUCAAGAACCAAGUAGACUGUGCUGUACUUUGAUUGUCAUUGUGCUCAAAGUUCAAUCAGCAUGAAAGCUUGCAUAUUUUUAAUGACACUUUUUUUUAAACUUAAGGUGCACAAUUUCCUUUUUUUUUGUAAAAUGUUCCAGCUUUGUGUGUUAUUGCCUUCCCCUACUGGUCCUGUGAUAGUUUCCCUCAUACUAAUUCUGCCUGGACCACUGCAUCUCAUAGAAAUUCCAUCUUCCGCCUCUGCCCUCCCCUAGAACUUGCAAAGUCUAAGCAAAUGAGGAACCAUUUCCUAUUUAAUUAAAAUUAUAUUUCUUCCUCAUGAAAAAAUUGCACUGCUUCCUGCAGUGAAAUUGCUUUAAAUUAAAAAUAAAUCACAAUAUGUACCCAACUGAUCUGUUAUCCCCUCUCACCAUCAUUUCCCAUCUUCCCAACCCAUUGUGGCCUGCCCAGUGCUUGCCAUCGUUAGCCAUCAAUGCUUGACAUCCAGGCAGCACAGUGUAGAAAUUGCUCUGCUUUCUAAAGUGAAUUGACUUGAAAUUAAAAAAGUAUGUGCCAAACUGAUCAGUUAUUUCUGCUCACCAUCACUACCAUCUCCCUGGUCCUUGUUAUUGCUUGUUAGCCAUGGGUAUUUGGCAUCCCGUCAGCACAAUAAGGAAUUGUUCUAGUACCCCAGGAUUUCUGAAGCAAACUUAGACAAGUGAAUCACCUCCUGAGUAACUGAGUAAGUGCUUUUAAAUUACUCUUGCUACAAAAUAUAUCAUUUUCUGAUUAAGGGUUUACCACAGUUGAAAUCAUGUUGAGCAACAAUAAACAGAUUAAGCUGUUAUUUUUCUGCUCAGGAUGGUUUUCCAUCACUUAUUGCAGAGUAUUAAAUUGAAAUUUAAAUUGCCUUGGCUUUCUUUUGAAAAAUACUGUCAUAUGCCAAAGUUGCCCACCUGUACCACCACAAGCUAAAUGGAGUAGGUUGUAAUCAUUGUGUAAUGACUCCAGCCAUAAUGUCUCCUAAACAAGAGCAAAUUCUGCAGCUCAGUUGAAUAGGAGUUGGCCACUCUCAACAAUCCCCUCUCUGAUCAAGAGUAGAAGGUGGGGGUGGGGGUGGGUCCUGUGAGGGAGUCAGCUACGUACGUACUUCAUAUGUUUUCAGGGACCUGUCUGUCUGGUAUCCUAUAACAAGUACAGAUUUUAUACUGGGCCUCUACUUUAAACAGACAAUGAAUAUUUAUCAUGAAACUACUGCAAAUUCAACAGAUGUGUUUUUUUUUAAUGACUCUAAGUAUGGACAUUUUAAAAUAAAGUGAGUUACCUAUUUUUGUGAGCUGCUGUUCCACUUUUGUUCCCACUUCCCCAUAACCACUGAACAUUGGCCCAAUGUAAGGAACUGACCACCAUUGUGGGAAGGGCUGUUUGCUGUGUGUUGAAAUGCCCUAAUAACCCUGUGAGAGUUGCCAGGUGAACUAGGGUUUGGAGGGUGGUUUGCUGCUGCUGGUGGUGGGUGAGCUGGACUUGGGGCUGUUUUGUAUGCAGUCACAUGGAUGUUAUACCACCCUCAGACAUUAAUUACCCCUACUGUACUUCUACCUUGCAAAGCACAUUGAUUGUUGAACUACGCUUGUCCACUUGGGUCAUCACACGGCCUCAAGGCAGACAUCACGGAAAUGACACAAUCAUCUGGUGAUGUUAAUGAAAUUUCACAGCCAUGACCGAUCCAUGGGGUGGGGGUUGUUCUGGGAACACCAACCAGUUGCUGUGACUCAUUAUCUGCUGCUGAAUGUAGUGUCAAUAAGUGGCAGUAAUGAAAGAGCAGAUCUCUGAACAACACUACAUUGUAACUGAGUAUGGCCUGAAGGGAUUGAGGGGGAAUAAUGCUCCAGUUGGUCUGACUGUAAAUACAAUGCUAUGCUUUGACAGACAAUGUAUGUGAAAUAUUAAGCUAUAUGUAUAUAGAUAAACAAUUAUCUAUCUGAAUUAUUAAUACCAAUCUGUAAUCAAUUGUAUAUUAAAUCCAUUUUACUGUGAAUAGCAAUGAUUUCACUGUAAAUGUUCACAGUACCAUCUGCCAAUUGAAGUACAGUAUUCAUAAUAAAGUUUUACAUGAAUGGUGCUGUGAAGCACGAAUAAUUAACCUCAAAGCUGGAAAAUCCAAGCUGGUAAGUUCAACUGUGUGUGGGCAUAUAUAAAGUGAUGGGUCCUAUGUUGCUGCCACAUGCUUUAUAGUAACUAUUAUUUCUAUAUUAGUUGACCUUUGUGUUCAUAUUGUUCUAUUCAGGGAUCUCUGGAUCCCCAAACCUUGUUUGAUUUUUCCAUUGUGAUGGCAGGCAUACACCGAUUUUUAUUCCCUUUUCUUGCAGUACUUAGUGACUUUGAUUAUUAAUCAGAUUAUUCAUGCACCUUCUGGACAAGAAACUCUCUUAAAAGCCAAGAUAACUUAAACUGAGAAAAUUGAAUGGUGGGGAAGUUUGCUAUCCGUUUCAAUGGUAGUACUCCCAGGACAGAAGGUUUUUCACAGAUCUUGAGCUAAUCUAGGCUGGUACUACACCUCUGCAAUAGUUAAUAUACUUUUCAGGAUGUCUUUUGAAUGAGACAUUUUUAUGUCCCUUCAGAGUGAUGUAAACAACAAGAGCUGAAGUACAGUUGAAGGUUUAACAGCAUCCUGGGCACUUUAUUCCAGAACAAGUGACACUGAUAGGAAUCUUCUGUCUCCUACUUGCCAUUAUGAAGGCCAGAUCUCCCUUAAUUAAGACAGGUUUUAAAAUGCCACUAAGGUUGCAAAUUUCAAAGUUAACAUUCUGGCACAUUCAAUCUAAGUGGAACACAAAAUGCUGGGUUAACAAUAGGAUAUUUGUAUUUCUUUGUAUAUAUGAUUGGUCUCAAAACCUGCUGUAUUCUACUUUAUGAAUACAAUUGAAGAGGCCCAUAAUUGGGACUCAAGAGGUAGAGCUGUAUCCUUACUGUUUGUAUGUGUACUUGGCUACAGUUCUAUAGUAUCUUGCUACAUUUCUCAUUGCUUUUUCAAUGCAGUUGUCGGAGGAGAUCUAUACAUAAACUGUACUAUGUCAAUUCAAAUUCUGACAAAAAAAGCUCAGAAAUAAAAUGCAUUCCUGUUCUCACUCCUGUUGCUCCCCUUGUCCAAGUGAAAAGGUGGGCCACCAUACUAAUCAUUCUCCCAAAUUAACAGUAACGCACAUUCCUACUGUUUUCUGUCUGUCAGUUUUUGCUCCACACUAGUAUACGGCCUCCUUCCUUGUCACGUGCUCUAAUUCUGUUUAUAACCGUUUCGGUACCACGUUUAAAGAUCUUCUAAAAUUCCAAAUACAGUACACUCCAUCACUGGUCUCCCCACCAUCACUCUUUAAGGUAAACUCGAUUCUGCUAGUUAAAACCAUUCUAGUGAAUGGUAAAUACUUAAAAGUAAAUUUGAUCUUAAUGGAAUCUGAAUAAACCUCCAGCACCGUAAAAGACUCUGAUUGUGUAACCUUGUGCUGUGGGCCUGUGAUCUGAGGGAACUGCUUUGAAAGGUGUGCUUUUUUUUUGUUUGAGCUGACAGCGACAAAAGAUAAUGCCCAGAAAGAAGUAGCUUCAGGCUGCAAUAAAAAUCUGGAUUCAAAAAUCUGUCAUUGGUGCAAGUCCUGCCUCUCUGCAGUCCCAGUGUUUGGUCUUUGCAGUGGUGAUAGUUCUCUCCUUUGAAUGUGGAGACACUGCAUUUCGGAAGAAGUGCUGGUUUUUAUUCCUUCAUGUCAGCAGUGUUUUACUCAUCAGACAUUUUGGUCAAACUAUUUUGUUCACCAAUGUUUUUAAAAAUCUGAAAUUUUUUUGGAAAAUAACAAGAUCAAUGUAAUAGUUUCAUUCGGGUAACAUUUUUGCCUAAUAAAGCAUCAACAGAGAGAAACUGAAGAUACCAGAGAAUCUCAGGUUAGUAAAUCAAAUAGAGAGCUUUGAGCUCUGUUUUGUUCAUCGGACAAUCCCUCAGGGUCAAGGAUAACUAAAAUUCUUCAUUCCAGUUUUGUGACCGUUCUGGACUGCUAAGAUCUGAUAUGUUUGAUAAUGUGGGUGAGCAGGUUAUUUAGUGGCUUCUGCUGUUUUAUUGCACUUCACAUAGAGAUGUGUUCAGUACCUUCCCAGAUUUGACCACCACAGGUGAAUAUUUGUACGUUAAUAGGAAGAUUACUUUUUUAAAACGUAGAACAUUACACCCUCCUCUAAAAUCAAUAUAACCCCUCCUACAUGAUAAGGGAAAAAAAGACCUAUGUGCCCAUCUAAAUUUCUUAAAUGUCCCUAAUGUGUCUGCCUCUACCACUACUCCUGGCAGAGUGUUCCACAUGCCCUCUACUUUGUUUAAAAAUAACUUACUUCUGACAUCCCCCUUUACUUUCCGGCAUUCACCUUAAAAUUAUGCCCCUCCGGUAUCAGCCAUUUCUGUCCUGGGAAAAAAACCCUCUGGCUCUCCACUCGAUCUAUGCCUCUUAAAUUCUUGUACACUUCUAUCAAAUCACCUCUCGUCUUUCUUUGUUCCAGAGGAAAGCCCGAACUUGCUUGACCAAUCUUCAUAAGAAAGUUUCCUUUCCCUGCAAGGAUGCUUUGAGAAUACCUCUGAAUUGUCUUAGUUCCCUUGGUUACUUCUUACCACUCCUGACCUCAGUACAUGUUUGAGAGUGUAAGUGUAUGUGAGUGAUGUAGUCCACUCAGAGUUGGCAGAGGUGAAUUUGAACUUAAUAGAACAUUACAACACAGUACUAGCCCUUCGGCCUACAAGGUGUUAACCUAGUCUAAAAUCAAUCUGACCCUUCCAUUCUACAUUGCCCUCCAUUAUUCUGCCUUUCAUGUGCCUUUCUAAGAGUUUCUUAAAUUCUCCUACUGUAUCUACCAUCACCCCUGGCUGGGCAUUCCAUGCACUCACCACUUUCGUGUAUUUUUUAAAAAAAAACAACUUGUCUCUAACAUCUCCCAAUUACCUUAAAAUAAUACCUCCUGGUAUUAGCCAUGUCUACCUGGGGAAAAGUCUCUAGCUAUCAACUUGUCUGUGCCUCUUAUUAUCUUGUACACCUUGAUAAGGUCAUCUCACAUUCUCCUUCACUCCAAAGAGAAAAGCCCUCGCUCGCUCAGCCUAUCCUCUGAAGACAUGCUCUCUAAUCCAGGCAGCAUCCUGGUGCAUCUCUGCACCAUCUCUAAAGCUUCCACAUCCUUCCUAUAAUGAGGCGAUAGAACUGAACACAAUAUUCCAAGUGUGGUCUAAACAGAGCUUUAUAGAGCUGCAAUGUUACUUCACCACUCUUGAACUCAAUUUCCUGACUAAUGAAGGCCAACACACCAUACACCACCUUAACCACCCUACCAACUUGUGUGGCAACUUGGAUAUGGACCCCAAGAUCCCUGUUUUUCAAUACUGGUAAGAAUCCUGCCAUUAACUCUGUAUUCUGCCUUCAAAUGUGACCUUUAAAGUAAAUCACUUCAAUUUUUUCUGGAUUGAACUCCAUCUGCAAAUUCUCCACUCAGCUUUGCAUUCUGUCAAUGUGCAGUUGUAACCUGUGACCAUUUACACUAUCUAUAACUCUGACUUUCGUGUCAUCUGCAGACUUAAUAAUGUUCCCUUCCACUUCCUCAUCUAAGUCAUUUAUAAAAGUUAGAGAGCAGGUGGUCCAUCUACAACCACCCUUUGCCUUCUGUGGGCAAGCCAAUUCUGAAUCCACACAGGCUAAUUUUCCUUGGAUCCCAUGCCUCCUGACUUUCUGAAUGAGCCUGCCAUAGGGAACCUUAUCAAAUGCCUUACUAAAAUCUGUAUGCAUCACAUCCAGUGCUCUAUCUUCAUCGAUAUGCUUUGUCACACCCUCAAAUAAUUCAAUCAGUCUUGAGGCAUGGCCUGCCCUCACAAAGCCAUGCUGACUAUCUCAAAUUGGACAAUGCUGCUCCAAAUGCUUGUAAAUCCUGUCUAUAGGAAUAUCCUCCCAUAAUUUGCCCACCACUGAAUGAAAACUCACUGGUCUAUAAUUCCCUGUCAUUGCCACUCUUUAAUCAUCUGGUACUACACCAGUGAUAUGGUACUAAAGUGCUAUAAAAGUUGGUCUACUGUCUUUAGUAUGUACCGACAUUUGAUUUGAAGGGUUUGGCAGGAGUGCAAUACUUCAAUGUUUGUGGUUCCACCUUUAAUAUCUGAAGCACGCAAGACUGUCAAUCACUGUGAGCUUAGUACCAAGUCUUAGUAAUCAAAUGGCUAACUAAAUUAAUCCCUAUGUCUACCAAUGUCCAUAUCGCAAUCUUUAAUUGCUCAUUAGUGGAGGAGGUAUUGUGCAUUAGAAUGUUUUAUUAUAGAGAUACUUUGACUUUGGCUGUCAAUGCAAAAUACCUGUAUGCUUCUUUGAGAGAGUACCAAUGACGAACUUCCAUAUGCACCUGAGUGC